UGAAGGGUAAAUGUGUAGGGAACCACAGGGAGGGAUUCAGUCGUUUCUGAGAAGGGAGCCGACCUCUUCCAGUAAGAAAGUGGUUUCUACCUGUCUCUCCUGCCUGUGAGAUCCUCGGUGAAUGAAGGGGACCGGGAGAAAGGGCAGUUUGUUGCUACAGUGAUUGAGAGAGAGAGGCAUUGCUGCUGCUGCUGCUGCCGCUCCUGCUGGUGCUGCUGCAGCCUCAUGUAGCAGACUAUAGUGGCCCAAUCAGUUGAGGAUUGUGCUGAAUGAGACUGGCUAAGGUCUGAACUUCACUUAUGUAAGGUCUUCGAAGAUGUGGCAUCAUAUUCACAGACAGUGAAGAGUUCCCCGUCAAGGAAAAAAAAGGCAGAGCAGCAUGCAGCUACCCGGAGGGUGUUGAUUGAAACUUAGAUUACCCCCAAAUCACUGUUGAUUUGACUGAUGCUCCAGCUUUACCAGAGAAAAGAUUUCAAUUAAGGUCCCUUUAGAUGGAAUUUAAUGCGGCAAAAGCCUUGUCAUCAGAAGGAUUAAUGCCUGCAUUAGCAUUUCCGCAAUAAAAUCAGAAGCUAAGUGGUGGAGGCCACAGACACCUCAAACCUGGAUUCCUCUGCUCUGCAUUAAGUGCUGGAGUUUUUAUUACUUGCUGUGGGGAAGCCAUUGCCAAUGCUUACAAGGAACUGCUUAUCCCUGCUUCUCUGGGUCCUGUUUGAUGGAGGUCUCCUAACGCCACUGCAUCCACAACCACAACAAACUGUAGAAGCAGAGCCGAGGGAGAAUGUUGUCCCAGUGCCAGGGAGGAGGUCAUCUGCCCAGCGAGUCAAACGAGGCUGGGUGUGGAAUCAGUUUUUUGUGCUGGAGGAGUACAUGGGCUCCGAACCUCAGUAUGUGGGAAAGCUCCAUUCUGACUUGGACAAGGGAGUGGGCACUGUUAAAUAUACACUUUCAGGAGAUGGUGCCGGCACGGUUUUUACCAUUGAUGAGACCACAGGAGACAUUCAUGCCAUAAGGAGCCUAGAUCGAGAAGAAAAACCUUUCUACACCCUCCGGGCUCAGGCUGUGGAUGUUGACACCAAGAAACCACUAGAGCCGGAAUCAGAAUUCAUCAUCAAAGUGCAGGACAUUAAUGAUAAUGAGCCAAAGUUCCUGGAUGGACCUUAUGUUGCCAGUGUCCCAGAAAUGUCUCCAGUGGGUGCAUAUGUGCUUCAAGUAAAGGCAACGGAUGCUGAUGAUCCCACUUACGGAAACAGUGCUAGAGUGGUUUACAGCAUUCUUCAGGGGCAACCGUAUUUCUCCAUUGAUCCAAAGACAGGUGUAAUAAGAACAGCUUUGCCAAAUAUGGAUAGAGAAGUGAAAGAACAAUAUCAAGUUCUAAUCCAAGCCAAGGACAUGGGAGGACAGCUGGGAGGACUAGCUGGUACCACCACUGUAAACAUUACUCUCACGGAUGUCAAUGACAACCCACCCAGAUUUCCUAAGAGUAUCUUCCAUUUAAAAGUACCUGAGUCCUCUCACGUUGGAUCUGCUAUUGGACGGAUCCGAGCUGUGGACCCUGAUUUUGGGAAAAAUGCAGAAAUUGAGUACAACAUAGUUCCAGGAGAUGGAGGUAACUUGUUUGACAUCACAACAGAUGAGAACACCCAGGAAGGAGUCAUCAAACUGAAAAAGCCAUUAGACUUUGAAACAAAAAAGGCAUACACCUUUAAAGUCGAGGCCUCCAAUCUCCAUCUUGACCAUCGAUUUCACUCGGUGGGUCCAUUCAAAGAUACUGCCACUGUGAAGAUAAAUGUGUUGGACACGGAUGAACCUCCAGUUUUCAGCAAGCCUAUGUACACAAUGGAGGUUUAUGAGGAUACACCUGUGGGGACCAUUAUAGGUGCAGUGACGGCACAAGAUCUCGAUGCUGGCAGCAGCUCGGUUAGAUAUUUCAUCGAUUGGAAGAAUGAUCUGGACAGCUACUUUACAAUAGAUGCUACUGAAGGAACCAUUGCUACUAAUGAAUUACUGGACAGAGAAAGCACAGCACAGUACAAUUUCUCUAUAAUUGCAAGUAAAGUUAGUAACCCACUAUUAACCAGCAAAGUCAACGUUAUAAUAAAUGUUCUGGAUGUCAACGAGUUUCCUCCCGAAAUUUCAGUUCCAUAUGAGACAUCUGUAUGUGAAAAUGCCAAAGCAGGACAGGUGAUACAGACUGUCACUGCAGCAGACAAAGAUUUGUCACCAGCUGGGCAAAGGUUUUCCUUCAGACUGUCAGCUGAGGCUUCCAACAAACCAAAUUUCACAGUCCAUGACUACAGAAACAACACAGCUGGGAUUGAAACCAGGAGAAACGGUUACAGCAGAAGGCAGCAAGAGUUGUACUUUCUUCCAGUAGUAAUAGAAGAUAGCAGUUACCCUGUCCAGAGCAGCACAAACACAAUGACUAUCCGCGUUUGCAGAUGUGAUUCUGAUGGUACCAUCCUGUCCUGCAACGUGGAAGCAAUCUUCUUACCAGUAGGCCUCAGCACAGGAGCGCUGAUUGCAAUCUUGUUGUGUAUUGUUAUACUUCUAGUCAUUGUGGUACUGUAUGUAGCACUGCGGAGGCAGAAGAAAAAGGACACCCUGAUGACCUCUAAAGAAGACAUCAGAGAUAAUGUUAUCCAUUAUGAUGAUGAAGGAGGUGGGGAAGAGGACACCCAGGCUUUCGACAUAGGUGCCCUGAGAAAUCCCAAAGUGAUUGAAGAUAACAAAAUACGCAGGGACAUAAAACCAGACAGCUUGCGUUUUCCACGUCAGAGACCACCAGUGGAAGAUAAUACGGACAUCAGAGAUUUCAUUAAUCAAAGGCUGCAGGAAAAUGAUGUAGAUCCAACUGCCCCCCCUUAUGACUCCUUGGCAACCUAUGCUUACGAAGGAAAUGGAUCUGUUGCAGAGUCCCUCAGCUCUAUAGACUCCCUUACUACAGAGGCAGACCAGGAUUAUGACUAUCUGAGUGACUGGGGACCUCGCUUUAAGAUCUUGGCAGAUAUGUUUGGAGAAGAAGAAAGUUAUAACCCUGACAAAGUCACUUAAGUACAACUACAACAGUGAAAUAAAAAGAAAAGUAAGCCAACAACAAAUUUAAAUGAUAAACCUAAGCUUUAUAAUAGGACAGGAUUCCUUUGAUUAUAAAAGACAGCAACUGUUUCCAGCAAGUUACUACAUUUACCAUACUGUCGGUUUUGGUUUGAUCUACGAAGGAAAGAUAAAUCCUGUAAUAUACACAGUUUUUUUGUUGUUGUUAUUUUGUUACUCUGGAAUUACACUGAGACAAGCUCAGGCCUACAAGGUACAGUUUACUGACCUGACUUAGAAAGAAGAUAGCUUUCUGGCAUCACGGUGGAAGAGUGGUAGCUUUUUCGUAAUUCCACUAAAGUGCCUAUUGAAACUUUUCUCAUUUAAGUGGUAAAGAGUCUGCUGUGAUGGUGUUGCAAAACUGAAUGGUAAAUUGGGCAAGAACUUUAAGACAAGAAGCAAUAGCAACAUGCUGACUUCUUUUGGAACAAAAAUGGAGAUCAUUUCCUGGAGUAUAUCUAAUGACUAAAACUAAGGGGGGUAUGGGGGUGGGCGUGGGUAGGUGUAUGUUGUGUUUGGGGGUUAUGUUUGUUUUUUUAAAAGAAGAAAAUAACAUGUCAAGAUGUUAUAUUUCUUCUUCCAAAAUUUCAGUGAAAAUUUAAAUUUAUAAUUCUGUUACUCACUCUGGAGCUAUAAAGCCCAAAUUGGAAAGGGGAAGAUCUUAGCAUACAUCAAUGAAUAUUUAAAAUGUUCAUGCAAAUAUUACACUUUUCCAAAAUAAUAAAAAGAUGAAAGCAGCUACUUCUUUAUGUGAAGGAAAUUUCCCUUGGCUCCCCCUCUUCUUUUUAAAUGAGACUAUUAUUAGAACGUAAAAUGGAGAGGGUUUUUUAAGAGUUUUAUUGUAUUUUUAGUACCAAGACUUUUUUUUUCCUUGUAAGUAUCACUGAAGAAGUAUAUGUAAAGAACUCCACAUCACUUUUGUUUGCAAUUAGAUUGUUACUCUGUAGGUACUAUAGGUAUACAGAUUGUAGAGACAGUUAUUUUUCAACUGACCAUCUGCAGUUCAGCAUAUUAUUGUAUUUCACCGUCAGACCCACACCGAACAUUUUAGAAAGUCUUUUGAGGAUGGAAACCUUAUUAAUUUUGUUCUUGCCAAAAUAUUAAAAGAGGCAGAAUAAAAAUAUAAAACAGUACAUUCGUCCACACUUUAUGUACAUACCCAUGCAUAAAUGUAGCUGUGCAGGUAACAGAAGUACAGAUUUGUGCAAGGCAUUAUGCCAUGGAAGAUCUUUGUAAAACUAUUUCAUCUGACUUUUUCUGAUUAUCUAAUGCAUAGACAUUUUGUAAGACAAUGGUUUAUGGCCCCCGAAGCGCAUAUAUCCUUAUAUUCACCUUCUAAACUCUCUGCAGUGCUAUACAAUCUGCUUGAGCUCUACUCAUGAUUAAUGGCACUGGCAAGGUCAGGCUAAGUCUGUCAUGAAUCAGAAGUCUUUUAUUCACCUCAGGUAUACAGCUUGCUUUUGUGUCGCUGAAGAAUUAAAAACUAUCAGAUAUAGUUAGCUCACAAGUCUGAUAUUAGCGUACAAAGGUCCCUUUACUCUGUUGGGUCAAAUGUAAAGGUAUUCCAAAGUUGUAUGAUCUCCUGAUGAGACUUUAAAAGGUGUAUGGUUUAGAUAAGUUUUGGAUCAUUUGGUGCAAUUGGACAAGGCUGCAUUAAAACCAUGAUUGGCGUCGCUGCUAUCAGUGGAGUGCUGAGGAGGAGACGCAGCAUAUGGUAACAAGACAAGUUUGUGGUUGUUUUCAUUACCAGCAAAGGUAUCCUGUGUUCCUUGAAAGACAAACUAAGUCAACUAAAGCUCUAUUCUCACAGAACCGGGAAGCAGAUGGAGUGGCAGGACCCAUUUGCAAGUAUAGCAGUUCUCGUGUGGAAGGCGAUGUUUUUAAUUUUCGCACAUCUUGACAGCAUAGCAAAGGCAACUUGAUACUGCAGUAGGCCUAAAACAGAGCUCUGGAAAAAAAAAAAAGUAUAUAUAUUUGCUACUAGUUACAACACAGGUUUGAUUCAUACAAAAUUCCUGCUUGUGGAGGUGCUUAGCAAUGCUCCCUCAUCUAGCAUAGGCGUAGCAAUUCUUCCUACCCAGCUGCCACAGCUAAAAUAGGCCUCUGACACUUCUCAUUUGCAGAUGUGCAAUCCUAUAGCCAAACUCUCUUCUUAAUAACUGUAUUAGUACUUUACAUGUAUUUUGUAAAGUAAACAUAAGCGAGAGCACUGUUUGACUUUUUGACAUCACACGGCAUGCUUGCUCCUGCCUGGGAAGGCUGUAUUUGUGGUGGGUACUGGGUGAACAUUAGGUCUCUUGAACAGAUUGCUCUAAGCAGGACAUUCUGUAUGGGAGCCUGACUUCCAAAAUGGGUAGCCAGAAAAUGUGGUCUUAAAGAUGCUGCUACACACAGUCUAUAUUUGAGAGUGAGUUGUAUGUUAAAUUGAUACCAAAUUGAAUAUCAAAUGCGUAUUUUUGACAUU